AUGAUGGACGAUAUGGCCGACUUUUCUCUUAUUGUCCAACUUAGUAGGCGAGAAUUAAUCCAUGUAUUGGAGUCAAUCCCGGGCCAGAAAGACCUUGUGGUGGAGUCAGGUCUAAUGAGACCAUUGGAUAAGAUAGCAUCGAUGAGUUUAUUGAUCGAACACGGAGUCCCUCGAGUACAACAACUCAAGGUAGAUGGGACUAUUUCCUGGGAUCCCAAUCUCCAAGAACGGGUGUUCGUUUGUCGCUCAACAAUAGCAAACAUGAGGAAAGUAGCGGAAUAUAUUCGUGCCGACUCCUCUCGCACUUAUCACAUGGUUAUGGUCGAUAGGAACAGGAACAUUUGUGGAAUCGAGCUGGAGAAGUAUGGAGUCUACGGGCAAAUCUACUUCCACGAACUGAACUUGUAUGUGGUCCCCCUGGAAUCGGAUAUUUUCUCGCUGGAACUGCCAGAGCCUUCCAUCAAAUCAACGAAUGAUUCUUUUCCGGCGAUGGCAAGGGCCCUUUGGCAAUUACAAUGUCUUUAUGGGAUUAUCCCAGUCUCAUAUGACUUUGGAGAACAGGCGAAGAAACUGGAACACAAUCUGAAGCAGAUCUUCUUAGAACAGGGAGAACCCACAGCCUCAGCUGAUCGCCCGAUUAGUCACAUGAUUGUGUUUGACCGUAAUCUAGAUCUUCCAUCUGUUUUGUUAACUGGAUUAACAUACGAAUCUAUGCUAAAUGAUUGUUUUCAGUACUCUUGUGGAAAAAUUAUUUUUGGAGAAGCGGUAGAAAACAAACUGAAGAAUAAGAAUAACAGCGGAAAGAGUAAAGCCUACAGUUUAAGUAAUUCAGAUGUCAUCUUCUCAGCCAUCAGAAACAAGCACAUGACUUCCGUGUUCCCAUUUCUCAGCACCAAAGCGAAGACUCUUCAAUCUAGUUAUGAUAAAGCUAGUGGUGAGUCCUGUUGUCUUUAGGCAUUUUUUUGAUUUUAGCUAUGAGCAAAGUGGAUGAAGUUAAAUCAUUUGUUGCCAAUGAAUUAAAGAGCUUGAAGGAACAACAUAAACUGCUCGAGGUUCAUAUCUGUGCUUGCGAAACGGUACUUGAGAUGAACAAAGGCUGUACUGAGCGGUUGGCGGUCGAGCAUUCGAUAGUUAAAGGGCUCUUUGAACCUUCAGAAGUUAUGAAUUAUAUCGAGAACUUAGUGUGCAGGCAGCAUACUCCUUGGCAAGUUCUCCUCUUAAUGUGUCUGUGGUCUAUAUCCAGCAAUGGAAUUCCUUUCCGACAUUUCUCGACCUUUCGAACCUUAUUCCUGCAUGCUUAUGGGUACGAGCAUCUGACCACACUCUUCCAUCUUGGCUCUGCAGGCCUUCUUAUAGAAGCGGCCAGUCCCAGUACGAUGGGAUUUGGACAAAGAACAUUAAGAGCAGUCAACACAAAUUUCAACCACAUAGCCAAAUCGUUGGAAUUGAUCCCAAGGACCGGGUCCAACUUUAAAUCGGAAGCCAGCUAUGUCUUUUCUGAUGCCUACACUCCCGUUAUAAUCAGAAUUCUGGAGUUGUUAGUGGAUGAAGGAUGGGAAUCUGCUUCGUUAAGGAAGGCCUUUAAGGAUGUCUACACCAGCUGUUCCAACCCGACCACUCCGAAGCCUGAUAAUCGCAUUAGAAAGGCAAUAUUGGUCUGUUUCCCUGGCGGAGUUACAUAUUCGGAAAUCGCCGCUCUACGUAAAUUAGCUCAGGACAAAAACUUUCGCAUAAUUAUCAUCACCAGUCAUAUCAUUUCACGGGAGCAUUUCCUCAUAAGCUAUACUGAAUAA